UAACGCACGCUUGAAAAAAAAAGAACACUAACAACAACACAAAUCCCUUUUUGCCUCGUAAGGAGUUUAAUUAGAUCGAAUUGGAUCUCUUCAGUGAGUCACUCUGUUUCGACUAACAUUCCCCUGUGAACUCGAUAGAUACAAGAUCCUCUCGUUCUGGAAUAUCAACAAAGUGAUAACAGUACUUUUGUUUUAAUAUCCAUCGAUAUCUAAAGGAAGUGGUUUAAAUAGUUCCGCUCUUUUGUGCCAGGGUAGGGCGUUAGAUAAGUGGACGUAUGAAAACACUUUUAAGUCUUCUUUAAGGAGGCAAGUCAAAGUAAGGAAUUAGUGAACAAGCUGCAGCCAAGGCUGUCAGUCGUGCCCAACAGCAGUUGCUGAUCUAACUGUGCUUAUAUGUUUUUAUUCAUCGAACACAAUACUGUUUGUGCUUUAUUGCCAUUGUGAUGGUUCAGCUCCACCCAUCUGAAAUAACUAUGGCCCACAAUGUUGCUCAAAGACGGUCGGACGACCGCCUGCCUUUACUGUCGAAUAAUGGUCGUUUUCGUGAGUCGCCACUUCGACACCUGUGGCUAGGCCUCCAACGCAGCUCCUGGUUCCUGAUCGCCUUUCUCGCCGUCUUCAUAACGUACCUAUCUCUCGGUGCCUUAGUCUUUAGUUCCAUGGAGCAGCCCCUCAAUCGCCAGUACCGUCUAGAUAUACGCAAUCGCGUCGAAAAAUUUCUCUUCAAAUAUCCAUUGAUUCCAGAACAAGAAUUAGACGCAUUGUUAAUGGAUGUUGUCCAAGCGACAAAUCGUGGAGUAGCUGUGACUCGAAACGUCUCUUCCGAACCCAACUGGAGCUUUGGCCAGUCCUUCUUUUUCGCUGGAACUGUUGUCACGACUAUCGGUUAUGGACAUGUAACGCCCCUAUCUGAGGGAGGCAAAAUAUUCUGCAUCGUGUACGCAUUGAUCGGUAUCCCUAUGACGUUGAUGCUCUUGACAGCCCUGGUGGACCGACUUAUGGUUCCUAGUACCUGGUUGCUACGCUACCUCAAUGCCAAACUAGGCCAUCUAUACCAGCCGUUCAACAUUCGCGUCUUCCAUCUUCUAGUCAUCGCCACUGUCCUAGUCGUUUUCUUCUUUCUGGUUCCGGCUGGAGUUUUCAACGUUUUGGAACCCGACUGGAAUUAUCUCGACUCCAUUUAUUAUUGUUUUAUUUCUCUCACGACGAUUGGAUUGGGUGAUUAUAUCCCGGGUGAUUCGCCCAAUCAGCCACUCAGACCACUUUACAAAAUCGGAACCACCGUCUACCUUUUAAUUGGUUUGGUCUUCAUGGUACUAACGCUGACCGUAUUUUACGAAAUCCCCCAACUCAACGUCGGUUCCGUAUUUCUCCUGAAAUCCGAUGAAUAUUUGGCAAAUGCGUCAACUUACGAUUCGGAAAAGGCACGGAUUCAGGGCGGCCCUUCUCUCGGCGGAGUGAUGCCCUCGUCACUGGGCUCCAGCACAACCUCGGCCGUGCCAUUCGGUAGCUAUGGGGCCGGGUAUGGUGCAACUGAAGAAGAAUCAGGUCGACCCAGCCGUCAGAUAGUUCGUGUUAAAUCACGCCGAGAAGAGGACUCUCCUAGUCCCGAAGACACAACCCCUGUUCACGCACGACCUUAAAGAUGAAAUUUCAUUUGAAAACCCAGGACCUAAUUCCCAAUUCCUAUUUCUCCUGUUGUUUCGUUUAUUUGUUUCUUCGUUUUUCCUUUCCUAUUUGUCGACUAAUUUUUCUUAGUUUCUUUUACAGUAGAAGUAAGGCGCGAAAGAUUAACUGCACUAUCUUCAAAUAUCAAACACUCCCAUGUUUCCGCGAAAUUUACACUCCCCAUUUUUUCAUUUAAGAAUAGGCCCACAUCCUGGUGGUGAUAUGAUAAUCUCUAUUUUUAUCGAGUGCGAAGAAUUGGAAAAAAAAACUAAAAGAAAAUUGAUCUCGGAGUACUCGUCAAGAUGUUGGCGACACGCAUCUUUUAAUAUUUUAAAAAAAAAGUAUCGUAUUGAAAAGGAAGUAAGACGUACUUUUUAAUUUUCAAAUCAUUUGAAGAUUUUCAAAAUAACAACACUACAACCUCGAAAUAAAAAUUUAAAAAAUUUCAGUUUCUAAUGUGCACCAAGUCCGCGAGGGCGAUCUCUCUGUUUUAAAAUAUUUCUUUAGACUGAUGACAUUUCACGCGUUACACAAGCAAAAAAAAAACACCAGGAAAACAAACGAGACAUGAAAGAUUUGUACUGGAGGGAGAAAAAUCUUUGUAUUUCUUCCUAUUUGAAACUUAGACAAAUUUCUCAAUUUUAGAGAUUUUGUUUCGAAAUCCAACUUGCAAAUGGCAGACUUUUUGGUGUGUGUGUUUUUAUCUCUCGCACAAAAGUCAUAAAAAUCGGGAAAAAAGACAAAAAAAACAACAUUCGGAAUGGAUAUAAUGUUGAUCGUGCUUUCGAUGUCUCUCAUCUUUUAUCUCCUUUCUCUCGUUCCAAAAUCAAAGUGGUCUUCUUCUUUCUUUUUUAUUUUUUUCCUUCAUCUUUUAAUGUCAUAUCUCCAUGUCGAUUCUCUUUUACUUAUGGAUCGGCUUUUGUCAAAACAAAAGAGCGCAACCCGUUUGAUAUGAUUAGAAUUUUCUCGGAAAAACUCAUGUCGAUAUUACACGUUAACUGUGUGUUGUCAAUGGCUCCUUCUAAUAUUCUACAGAGAUAAUACAUUAAUGUUAC